CAUGCGUGCAGCUCAGUGCAUGUGAAGAUAACCCAUUCAAGAAAAACUCUUAGCAUUGGGAAAGCUGUUCUUCCACAAUUGCAAGGCAUCUCUGGAUUGGGCAACAAUGUUACUUUUUUUUAAUUCAUGGAAGAAAACAGGAAAUUAAUCACUUAUUUGAAAAGAAUUCAUUCCAGUUGACGUGUUAAUUAGUGUUCCAUAGUUCUUGUAGCAACUGCUGCAGUAACAGUGUCAGAUAAACAUUAACACAUGUGCAAGUAAGCCGGUGUAUUUCUAUACAGUAUUUGACAAAUUAAAGCCUCUUUGCUCACAGGAACUGAUGAUUAACCUUUAAAGACCUUUUGUAAAAUUAGAAUGGACAUAUUACAACACAUGCCAGAAAAAAAGAAAAAGAAAAAACAAGAGCACGUGUAAUCAAAUAAAACAAUAAAAACUGUUUCUAUUGGCUGUGUUGACAUCUGGACUACCUCUUGGAAGUCAUUGUGAAAAGGUUUUCCUAAGGGGAAUGAAAGGUCCGGGUUGGCUUCCUCCAGAAGAAGUCUGUACAGAUUCAGAGAAAAAGUGCUGCAAGGGAUAUAAAUUUGUUCUUGGACAAUGCAUCCCGGAAGACUAUGAUGUCUGCGCAGAUGCUCCUUGUGAACAGCAAUGCACGGACAACUUUGGACGAGUCUUAUGUACAUGCUACCCUGGUUAUAGGUAUGAUCGGGAAAGGCACAGGAACAGAGAGAAACCAUAUUGCUUAGAUAUCGAUGAGUGUACCACAAACAAUGCAUCUCUAUGUCCUCACCUCUGUAUCAAUACCCCUGGCAGCUAUCGAUGUGAAUGUCAUGAAGGCUAUAUACGUGAAGAUGAUGGGAGAACAUGCAUCAAAGGAGACAAAGGGUUUUCUGAGAAGACGGAUAACGUGGUAAAACCAGGGGCAUGCUGUGCCUCAUGCAAAGAGUUCUAUCAAAUAAAGCAGACAGUGUUGCAACUUAAACAAAAGGUUGCUUUGUUGCCAAAUAAUGCUGCUGACCUUAGCAAACCACUCACAGGGGAAAAAGUACUUGCAUCGAAUGCCUAUAUACCAGGACCUCCAGGACAACCAGGUGAUAGAGGUCCUCCAGGUGCUACAGGUCCAAAAGGAAAUCCUGGAUCUCCUGGUCCUCCUGGUCUGCCAGGCCCUAGAGGAGCCAUGGGUCCGAUGGGGCCAUCUCCAGACUUGUCCCAUAUUAAGCAGGGCAGACGGGGCCCUGUGGGUCCUCCAGGGGCACCAGGAAGAGAUGGAACAAAGGGUGAGAGAGGUGCACCGGGAGAGAAAGGGCCACCUGGGCCACCAGGUUCUUUUGACUUUCUGUUACUGAUGAUGGCAGACAUCAGAAAUGACAUCGCAGAGCUACAAGAGAGGGUGUUUGGGCACAGGACUCAUUCACCAGCAGAAGAGUUUCCAUUACCUCAGGAAUUUAUGAACUAUCAGGACCUGGUGGAUCUGGGAUCUGGAGAAGACUACAAACAAAGGACUACAUCAAAAAAUUCCAGAACACGCAGGGAAAGCAAUCAUUAAAAAGAGCUUAUGACCUGUAAAGAAUUAAAACUAAUUGUAGGGAAGUGAUCCAUAAGUCACGUACACCAACAUACUUGCAUAUAUUUCAGCUUGGCCAUAUGGAAGUCAACAGGAAAAAAAAGACAGUGUACACAUUUCAGUGGGAUUAACACAUUUCAUUUCGUAAGUGUUGCAUACAGGCAGGACCAAAUUAAAAGUCAAAUGAGGUGACGAGUUAUUGUGAGAAAAAUCUGUUGCUAGGAUGUACCACUUCAAGAAUGCCAGCGGGGAAUCACAUUCUUGAGUAGUUCCUUGCGUAAAUACAAACUUUCUUGCAUUUAGAAAACCAGUGUGCUAUAAAAACAAGUGUUGGGCUUUUUUCUUUGACUUGCUAGCUUUUCAGUUCAAGGAGGUUUAUGUUUGUUUCUUUUAAGAUGGGAAGGAAUGAAAUAUUUGAUCCCUUUGUUGAUGUCUGAAGUGCUACAGCUGAGAAGCAUGCCCUUGGGCUAGUACCAUCUGACAUAUUCUCAGCCACCAUUUGACUGUGAUCCUUCAUUUCCACCAUCUGCUCUGCCAACAUCUACACCUAAAGAAAAGUCUGUGCCAAUGCAGCUACGAAUAACCAUGUACAGAACUUUUCUCAUUUCCUUCUCUUGUACAAAGUAGGCAGAUCUUGUUGGCCAAGGUAUCUAUAUAUUCUGAUACAUUCUUUUUCUCAGACCACAUUCCAUUUUCCAUCAUCUUGCAAAAGGUGAGCAGCUGCUGCAUUCAGAAUUUUAAAUUGUACAGAAUUUUAGAAGCUCACUGUAAGUAGCAAGUUACUAGUACAUUGGGGAAACGCCCAAAUAAUGCUAUGAAUCUCAUUAACCUGUUGAUCAAAUCCUUGGUUUGUGUAACAAUGGAGGGUGAGCAGUUAGCAUGCCGUGGAGUUAGUUGUCACACUUCUCAGUUAAGAACACCAAUACUCUUUCUCACAUUAAGGUGACAUAUAGGGAAAUAGACUAUCUAGUAAACAACAGGUACUAUGAAAUAAGCAGCAAAGGCACUGUUACUUCUAUGACCAAGUGGCUUCUAAGCUGUCUUAAAUACAAGUAUUGUGGCUUGAAUGGCUUGUAGAUUGCACUGUUCUGAAGAGUUGUACAAUAUUUUUAAAAUGCACUGAUAACAUACAAAAUGAUAUAUGUAUUUUAUUGCUCAGACAUUUCUCCCUUUUCUAUAAAUUUUUGUGUUUCCCCAGAAAUGAUUACUGGUAAUAAAGUGAGACUCGCCAUGUGUGUCUAGGUAAGAUCUAGCUCAUAGAUCUGAAUAUGUACUAGCAAUGAAAUCUGUUUUAGAGCAACAUGUUCUAAAAAUUGGGUAACUGUAAGUAUUGCUACUUCAAGGUGUACCUGCAUGAUUGGCGGUAGAGACAGUUUAAAAUGUUUACUUUUCCUAUUUCUCAGUAAAUCAGUGAAUUAAGGGUUUUUUUUAAAAAAUGAAUUAACAGUGUCAGUUAUCAGCUAGUUAAAAAUUAGAAUUUUCCAGAAAUGCUUGCCUUGAAUGAAUCCUGAUCUAGAUGUGGUAGUUCUAUGUGAUCCAGAGCCAGAAAUCCUUAUACAG